AUGGUGCAGACAGCAGUGGCGCAGGUCAACUGCCCACUGCAUUUCAUGAUCAGCUACUUUGCUGUGAGAACCAAGGAUGACAACAUCUGGGCAAUAUCUUUGUGUACAGGGGACAUGCAAAAUGCUGCCACCAACCUCAUCCAGCCCUUCCAGGUUGGCCUCUCUGUGCACUUCCUCUAG